AUGAUGAACAUGCAAACUUCAAUAUCCCAGAAGAGUCUGAUAUCCGAAGCCUCCACCCCGGGUGGCAGCACCUCCACUAUUUUGGGGGCAGAUCAUCCAUCAUCAUCAUCUUCAUUACCACCAACCCAACCAAUCCCCAAGAAAUCCCAACAGAUCAAAACCGACAAACCUAGACCUCAUGUGUGUACGUUAUGUACGAGAGCAUUUGCAAGAUUGGAACAUUUGAAACGACAUGAGAGAUCCCAUACCAAUGAGAAACCUUUCCAAUGUGCUGCUUGUGGAAGAUGUUUUGCUAGAAGAGAUUUGGUGUUGAGACAUCAACAGAAAUUACAUGCUAGUUUACCAAAUGUGAUGAGAAGAGGAAGUAGUAAGGAUUUGGAUAUUAAUGAACAUAUCAUUGUCUUACAUAAUAAUACUAAUGCUAAUGCUCCAUUACCUAACAAUUUGGGGUUGAUGUCUAGUAGUGGAGGACAUCAUCAACAAGAUUCACCUGAGUUUUCUCCUGGUAGUGGUGGUAGUGGAAGUAAUAAUGAUUUCAAACCACAUUUUAGAACUGAUUUAUUUGAAAUGUCACAUUCUCCAAUCAGUAAUGGUGGUGGUAAUGGUAGUGGUGGCGGAGGUAUUGGACCUGGCGGAGUUUCGAUUCUGCCCCAACCAACUACAACAUCUCCGGUUCCAACUACUUCAAGUCAAGAUUCUCCCAGGUUGAGUAUUACAUUACACAGCAGUUCUCAUAGAAAUAGUGUCUCCUUCGGCCCACCCAAAACCACCAACACCCCAAUAACAGCCACAUCCACCACAACCACCACCACUACCGCAGCCAGCAAAAACAGACGACCAUCAACUAUCUCCAAACCAGGCCAACCAUCUCCAUUAGGCGACUCUCCAAAACGUCGUGGUGGAAGCAUCGUUACCGGGCAUAACAAAACCUCACCUCAUUCCAACAAAUCAACACCAACAUCAAUAGACGAAAUCCCGCUCCAAAAAUCCACCUCCAACAAUAACAACAAUAGUAACUAUCAUCUUCCAUCAUACAUCAUGAACAAUUAUCGACAUGCAUCAUAUUCCGCCGCCAGUGGGAGUUCAUACACCAACAACAAGGAUGCGUUGGAUAUAGCUGAACAUAAUGUGAAUCUUGCCGAUUCUGCUCCGUUACAAGUAGAAUUCGCCACUCCUCAAUUACAUCCCCAUGGAGACGGCGGGGAUGAAUAUCAUAAGAUGUUGGAUAUGAGUGGGUUUGGACUUGAUUGGCAUAAUAUGGAUAGUUUGGAUUUGAAUGAUGAUGGGGGGAAGAAGGUGAAGAGCGUGAAGAAUUUGCAUAAUUUCUUUGAAUUGCAUAAAGGGGAAGAAGAGGAUAAGAAGGGAGAUGGAGAGGAUGCGGAAAGUAAGAGGAGUGGGAGUAUAGCGACAUCACAUCUUCAACAACAGAGUCAAAGUUUGCCGGUUGGUUCCCAGGUUGCACCAUUUGAAUUCUCGGUCCAUCCUCCAAAUGAUAUAAAUAUGAUUCAAAAUCUUUUGGAUGAAAAUUCAACCACGUCAAGUUUACCAUUGGAUUGGAAAGAUGCGAAAAGAUCAGUGAAUUAUCAAUCUCAAAAACAAGAUGAAAUGAUGUCUCCACCACCGGAAUCAAUCAAAUCAGACCAAGGACCACCACCAUCUAAAAAGAAGAAACUCGGGAAAAGUUCGAAUGGCCAUGGAAGGGCUGCUAGUGUUGCGGCUACGACUUCAUUUGUGAAUGGGAAUCAUGGAAUGCCUAUAAGUAUAAGCAACAACGAUACUGAUUGGUUGAAAGAUUUAGUAACGACCCCAUAUCAUGACGUAACGAUUCCAAUUGGAGAUAAUCAUCACCAUCCUCAUCAUCAAGAUAGUAAUGUCAAUACACCAGGUACUAGUGGAGGAGAUUUUAGAGGAUUUUUAGGUUCAACUAGUUUAGUCGACGAUAGAAUUCCCGAAAACAAUAGUUCUGUUUCAUCAAUGUUUACCAAAAGACAACAUGAACUCAUGCAUCAAUUAAUGGGAGGAAAUCAUCAUCAUCAUCCCCAAACUGCAAUUGCACCAAAUAUGGAUAGGUCAAACAGUAAUGUUGAAUAUUCUGUUAAUUUAAGUUCGACAUUUUUUUUAAAUGAAACUAAUUUCAUAACGGCAGAAUUAAGAAAUCGGAUGAUAUCAAUGAGUAGUAUUGGAGAUGAUAAGUUCCCAAGUUUGGUUGAUUUGAAUCAUUAUUUGCAAUUAUAUGAAUUUGGAUUUAAUAAAUAUUUCCCUUUCAUUCAUUUACCUUCAUUGAAAAAUCCUAUGGUUGAUAAUAUUGAGAAUAUUCCGUUGUUAUUGAGUAUUGCUGCUAUUGGUGCUUUGUAUGCUUAUCAUGAUUCGAAUACUUUGAUUUUAUUCAAUUUAUCGAAAUAUCAUAUUCAGAAUUUCUUUGAAAAAGAGAUUACAUUGGAUAAUUUACAAUUUAAGAAAGUGCCAUUGAUGGCUCAUCAAUGUUUGGUGUUACAUAUUUUUAUAUCAUUGUUUUUGAAUGAACCUAAUAUGAUUGAUAUUACGAGUAGACAAAUCAAGAGUAUGAUUGGAUUAAUCAAAUCAACUAAUUUUAAUGAACCUUUAGAACAAUUGCUUAUCCCACCACCAACAAUCCCGGAGAAUAUGAACAAUAAGAACAUUGAUAAGACUCAACAAAUUAUUCAAAAUAAUUUCGAUUAUUUCAUUAUGGCACAAUCAAGAAUUAGAACCUUGCAUGUGUUUUAUAUGUUACAAACCGUCAGGUCCAGUUUAGUUGGUCUCCCCAUAUAUUUAAAUUCCAAAUUAUUAAAAAGUGGUAAUUAUUGUAAUAAUGAGAAAUUAUGGUGGUGUGAAACCUCCCAAUCAUGGUAUGUGAUGGCAAAUAAGACAUAUGCUAAUGGAUGGACGUUAAUUGAUGUAAGUAAUGGAGUUUCAAUGGAUACUUUAACCGGAUAUAUUCAUGAUUCACCCAAUUUAGGCAACAAAGAUAUAAAAUUAUCUCAUAAUAAUUUAUUAACCAUGUUAUUAUAUGUUCAUGAAAAAUUAGAAUCGGAGAUUAAUAAUAUGAGCAAACCUUUCAGUUAUCUUAAAUGGAAUAUUGAACAUAAACCAAAAUUAGCCCGAUGGGUUAAUAAUUGGGAAGUCAAAUAUCAUAAAAAUCAUGGCACAUUAAAAAUAUCAACCUAUAAUCGAGGAUUAUUAACCGCUAGACAUGAGUUGAAAUUAACAUUACCGUUAUAUUCCUUAGUCAGGAUCAAAUUAGAACUCCACCUCACAUCAAUUCUCCUGCCGAUCUUGAAUAAGAAUUAUGAAAUGAUGAACAAAACAUUAGACAACCUCCAUUAUCAAGAAAGCAAUUAUAACGUCCUCACCAAUUCAAUCAGUCAUUGUCGGGAUGUAUUACAACUAUGGGUCUACAAUAUCGAAACCAUAAACUACGACGUCCGAGAAACAUCCCUUCGUACCCCGGUAUUUUUCUGUGUUUGUUUAUUCAUAAGUUCAUUAAUAAUCUCCACCUAUCUCGAUUAUAUCGAAAAGAAUUGUGGACAUCGUGAUAUUUCCAACUUGGAAUUAUUGAAUUGGUUUAAAUGUCAAGAAAUCUUAAUCAAGGUGGAAAAAGUCUUACUGCCAUCAUUGAAAUCAUCAUAUUCGGAAUUAUUGACUCGACAUGUUAAGGAUUCGCCCAUGAAUGAAUAUGAAGUGAAGAAGAUUAUGGAAAUGUCGGUGGCUAGAGAAGCUUGUGAUGAUGAAUUAAGUCAGGGGAUAAAUGUGGAUAUGAAUACUGAAAAAGGGUUGGAAUUGAAUAAGAAGAUUAGAGAGGAUAUUAUUAAGGUACAAUUAUCGAUGAAGAGUAUACAAUUGGGGAUUAGGAUAUUGGCAGAUGCACCUGUUUGGCCGGUGGCUAUGGGGUUUGCUGAGGCAUUGCAGAAGAGAGCAGUUCAUUUGAUUGAUGAACAUAAGUGA